GUACGGUGAUGAGAUCCAUGUGUCACCGGCGAGGAUGAGCGAAAGAAAGUUUACCCGUGGCCUGGGUAAACCGGGCAUGGCCGCUCAAUUACGAGAGACCGUCUCACAGGUAGUACGCGAGAGCACCGUACAGAACAAACCACAUCUGGUAGAACCCAUAGAUUUCGAAAAUUUUGUAUUAAAGAAUAAAACUUUAUUACAAAAUGAUCCUCAAAGAGAACUUGUACUAUAUCCUCAGGAUGAUGUUUCAGUGAGUUUUAACUUAUUAUGUUUUGUCUAUUUGAAAACAUAUGUGCAUGGAUAG